AUAGAUGGAUAGACAGAUUUCAUUUUAGAUUUUUGUGUGAUAAAUUCUAGUGAAUAUAUGUCAUUGGUCUUCUUUUAGGCACCCAGAUUUACAAAGUGGAAAUUAGUUACACUAGAUUUCAGCAUUAAUGUUGUUGUUUAGUUAUUAUCUAAAAAUGACCAAAUUUGAGUUGAUUUUUUAGAGAAUUUAUUUCAAGGAUAAGUCCAAAUUAAGCAUACAAGGCAAGAUGAUGUGUGUAUUAUUAGAUAGUAAUUAUCAUUUCAUCCUUUUUGCUUCAUAAUCUUCACGUAUAAAAAACAUCCAUCCACCAACUCAUUCUCUUCAUCGUUCGCUCCCUCUCUCUCUUCAUAUGUUCAACCAAAUGUUCCCUCUGCUUCCCCAUCAUUUCUUGAUUGGUCCAUUUGUUUAGUAACACAGAACUAAAAAAAAUGGAAACUGGGUCUUUAAGGCUAGGCCUCGUGGCAGUCUUUGCAGUUUCUGGAAGUGUAGUUUUCAUUGCAAAUGAAGUCCAUAAACGUCUCCUCUCAGAUUUCAUGAAGAAGAUUGAAUUCGAAUUGGCUGGGAAUGGGAAAUGUCAAGUGAAGAAAAGGGUUCGAUUUGCUGAUGAUGUGAGGGAACCAUCAUCGAAUAACAAAGAAUACAGGAAGAGGAAUCUGAGUGCCAUGGCCAUUGCAAAGCAGGCUAAACUUGGUGGUGAUGCUGACAGACGACAGCUUCUUAAAAUACCUCUCAAUAGGCAGGUUUUGUAUAAAGGGAUUCUUCAAUGUAAAGCCCUUUGAGCAAAAUAUUCUCUCUUAUUAUACAUUGCAGUUUGUAUAUAUAUAUUUUG